UUUUUUCGAAACAGUGGACGUGUGAGUUUGAUAAUAGUUUGACGAAAAAGUCGCAUUUUCUUCGGAAAAUUGAGCAUUUUCGGGAUCGAUUUUAUGUGCGACGAUUUAUUUCGGUUGUGGAAAUUAACGGGCAUGUGAAAUAUUCGUACGGAAUCGUUGCGCCGAAGUGAUAAUAGCGUUUCAAAAACGAGGAAUGACUUCGAUGGGGGUGCUGAAGUUUGGAGUGGAAGAAAAGCUGUGAACAAGGCUGCUCAGUUUAUGCGGGGUUGCAUUUCAGUGCGAAGUUAUUGAUUAAAAGCUAAAGGCAAAAAGAAAACACUGUGAAGAAAGUGAAUUGAAUUAAACAAAUCAGCCCGGAGCAGCCACCACCCACUAAUGGUUUCCCACAGAGUGGUCCAAUAAAACACGUCCUGCCUUGAAGCCGUAGUGAAACGAAGUGUUCUUUCUCCCACACGCGGAAAUCUGUCCAGCAGCUGAAAUCUGAGAUCAGAGUCGGUGACUACAAGCGAAAACAAACAAGAAGAGCGAUAUCAAAUUUGGGCAGUGUUGGUUCAGUUCUGCGGUGGGUUGAAUCUGUGGUUAAUAAUUAUUGUGAUAGAGCGAGUAGCGAAGAUUGGUGGCUCCAGUGAAAACUUGCAAAGCCUCUAACCACAUCAUCAAAGAAAGUGUGUGUACAAUGUUCAGCCCAGACUAUGAGAAACGGAUUCUGAAGCACUGCAGCCCGGUAGCCCGGAGCCUUUUCAACAACAGUGGCGAGUCGUCGUCAUCGUUGGACCGCUUCAUACCAUGCCGGGCCAACAACAACUGGCAGACCAAUUUCGCCUCGCUUAGCACAAAAUCAAACGAAAACUCGCCACAAUCCAGCAAGAAGCAGCGUGACUGCGGUGAAACGGCACGGGACAGCAUAGCCUACAGCUGUUUGCUGAAGAACGAGCUGCUCGGGACCGGGAUCGAGGACGUCAAAUCCGUAGCAGAAGACAAGGUUGGACUCCUGUCGAACAGCAAUCGACCGGGGCUGUUCAAGUAUCAGUCACCGACGAAGCAGGACUACAACGAGCAAUGUCCGUACUCGCUGUCUCCGGUUAGCAUCAAAAGUCAAAAGCUGUUGCGAUCGCCGCGGAAGGCCACCCGUAAAAUAUCGAAAAUCCCCUUCAAAGUGCUGGACGCACCUGAACUGCAGGAUGACUUCUACCUAAACCUGGUCGAUUGGUCCGCCCAGAAUGUACUGGCGGUGGGGCUGGGUAGCUGCGUUUAUCUAUGGAGUGCUUGCACCAGUCAGGUGACGCGACUUUGCGAUUUGAGCUCCGACGCGAACACGGUCACAUCGGUGUCGUGGAGCGAACGAGGCCACCAGCUUGCAGUGGGGACACACCAUGGCUACGUCACCGUGUGGGACGUGGCCGCUAGCAAACAGGUCAACAAAUUGCAAGGCCACUCGGCCCGCGUAGGAGCCCUGGCUUGGAACGGUGACGUCCUCUCGAGCGGGUCUCGAGAUCGCUUGAUUAUGCAGCGGGAUACGCGCACCCCGGCCCAGGUUUCCGAGCGGAGGUUGGCCGGCCACAGGCAGGAGGUGUGCGGCCUCAAGUGGUCCCCCGAUAAUCAAUACCUGGCCAGCGGUGGCAACGACAAUCGGCUCUACGUGUGGAACCAGCACUCGACCAAUCCCGUGCAAUCAUAUUCGGAGCACAUGGCCGCAGUGAAGGCGAUCGCGUGGUCACCUCAUCACCACGGAUUGCUGGCUAGUGGAGGCGGUACGGCAGAUCGUUGUAUACGCUUCUGGAAUACCCUGACCGGGCAACCGAUGCAAUGCGUGGACACUGGCUCGCAGGUAUGUAAUCUUGCCUGGUCAAAGCAUUCGUCGGAACUGGUGUCCACCCAUGGCUAUUCGCAAAACCAGAUCUUGGUAUGGAAAUAUCCAUCGUUGACACAGGUCGCCAAGCUAACGGGGCAUUCCUAUCGGGUGCUUUACUUGGCACUUAGUCCCGACGGUGAGGCCAUUGUGACCGGUGCCGGGGACGAAACCCUACGCUUCUGGAACGUUUUCAGCAAAGCACGCAGUCAAAAGGAGAAUAAAAGUGUUCUAAAUCUAUUUACAAACAUUCGAUAAAAGCAGACAUUUUAGGAACUUAGAAGCAGGCUUGAGAGAGGGAUACGAAUUGUUCCAUGCUUCCAUAAACUAGAGUGUAGUUCUAAGUCGAUGGCAAAAUUUAACUCAUAACCACUCACUUUUCGAACCACACUUCUUCAGACUUUCCAUCGUUUUUAGGCGUAAAUCAUCCACUGUCAUUAAUUUAUUACGCUAGUGUAUAUUUGUAUAAUUAUAUUUUUCUUUUUAGAAGAAAUAGAAUACGAAUUCGUAGUAAAGAGUUAUAUUUUUGAAUGAAAAGAUUGAUAUUUGUGAGUUUUUUUGGUAGAAUUAAUAUGGAUACAGCAAAGUGUAUUUUAAAACUAAGUUAAAAAAAAGGAUUUUGGCAAACAAAUUAUUUAGUUCUUUUAUAUUGGAGAACUUUGACUUCAUUGCUUAGUGUUUCUAUUCCAUGUGGUGCUUGUUAUGCAUCAGCAUUUUUCGAAAUGCAAAGUGAUGUAGUCGCAAGUAUCAUUAGAUUAUUUAAAGAACAUUUGAACGGUUUUUUGAGUGGCGCGUGGGCAUUGAAUUUUUCGCUUGAUUCGAUUUAUAAAUUGGAUCAGAAGAAAAAUUCAAAUCAAUACCACUUGGAGUUUGAAUGAAUGUAGUACUGAUUUAUAUGUUACUGUUCGAUUUAGGUUUACCAACUGAAAAAAAAAAGUUUGUUUAAAGCAUAGAUAUGGAUGGAUGAAACAACACAACCAAAAUUUACAAACCCUUGAAUCCAUUUUGCUAAAACAUAACUGCAAAGUGUAUUUUUGAAAUAUAGCUAAUUUUUCAAACCAUCCAAAGUAAACGUAAUCGAAAUCUUUCAUCAAGCUACACCAGCUUGACGAAAUGCUUCGUGCCGUUUUCUGCUUUUUAUAGGUUCUUUAUUUUAUCGUACUGUCUAACGAUUAUUUCGGGAAAUCAUUUCACUAAAUGACCUUCUCAAGGGUUAUUACUGAAAUCUUUACCGGUAAUAAUCGUUCAUUGUUGUUGAUUAUGUUUUAUCUUGUAAAUAGUACGUUAAGCCGUCUAAUAACUUUUACAUUCGUGACUACUGUAUGUUGCGUAACUAAUAAUUCAAAACAAAACAUAAACGUUGCAUGCGCGUUUACAGAGAAAGUACUAAUAUUAUUUAAAAUGCCGCACCAAGAUACUACCAACAAUAAAACGUGUUGCUAUAACCCGAUAAGAUGGAAUCAUUCGAAUUCCCGCAAAAUUUGUCAUUUUGGAUUAUUUGGAGGAGUCGGCUAUCGAUGCGACAAAAAUUUGUGUUCUUGAGAUAGACGAAAUACACACUUUUAAAA